GGGCCGGCCAGUCAGCCCCGGGCGCGGGCGGGGCGCGGCUCCGAGCGCGAAACAUGGCGGGACGAGUCGCCGUUGGCGGCGGUGGCGGCAGCGAGGAUGAGGGCGACGACGCCGUGUUCAAGGCGGCCGUGGAGGUCUUCGGGAAGCUGAAGGACCUCAACUGCCCCUUCCUCGAGGGUCUUUAUAUCGCAGAACCAAAGACUAUUCAGGAACUGCUGUGUAGCCCGUCCAAGUACCGCUUGGAAAUCCUGGAGUGGAUCUGUAUCCGGGCCUGUCCGUCCUGGCAGGAUAAGGUCAGCUCGCUGAAGGGGGCCUCAGCCGAGGCGAAGGUCCAAGAGAUGGUGAAACUAGGCCACGAGCUGAUGUUGUGUGGGCCGGGUGACCAGGAGCUCCUGAAGGGCCGGGCCUGCGCCCAGAAGCAGCUGCGCUUCAUGGACCAGCUGCUGGAUGUGGUCCGGAGCCUGACUGUCGGAUGCUCCAGCGGCUCCAGCACGAAGGAGCACUUGGAGGACAUCAGGGAGAAGAAUGAGGCGUUGCUGGGGGAGCUCUUCCUGAGCCCCCACCUGCAGACGCUCCUGAGCCCGGACUGUGACCCGGGGCCCCUGGACGUGCAGCCUCUUCUGGACAAGCCGCGCGGUGACCGGCGGAGCACCAGUCCCUCCGUCGAGUUGGAGGAGGAGAAGGUGGCCGAGCUGGCCCGGCAGCUGCAGGAGAGCACCUCGAAGCUCCAGGCGCUCAGGACGGAGCACAAGCCAGGGGCCGCUGUGAGCGGGGCCGACACCAGCACCCUGGACCAGAAGCUGCGCCUGGUCAGCUCUGACUUCCACCAGCUCAUCGUGGCUUUCCUGCAAGUGUAUGACGACGAGCUGAGUGAGGGCUGCCGGCGCCCAGGCCCCUACCUCCAUCCGUGUGGCCCCAUCGUCCAGGCUGUGUACCAGGCUCUGACUUCGUGCAGCCAACUGUUGAAAGCGGCCGUGGAGGCCACCGACACCUCGGCGGAAGCCAUGGAGCUGGCUGCGCAGCAGCAGGGCGAGCCGCUCUGUUGGGGCAGCAACAACGCUGCCAUGAGUCUCGCCAGCAAAAUGGAAGAGCUAAGCCAGAAAUAUAAGACCUUCAGCGACGGUCUGCACAGGGGCCCAGAGUAGUCUGGGCACCGCCUCCAGAUGCCUGGCGCCUUCAGCUCCUCGGGAGGGAAGGGCAGAGGGAGGAGGGCAGUGUGAGCUGGAGAGAAAAGAGAGCUUCUGAGAAGUUGCCUGCUGCCUGCUUCUUGCUUCCACGGCUCUGCCUGCCUCCUGCUCUCUGCUGCGGGGCCUGGCCGCUCCGGCCUCCUGUCCCAUCCCGCCUGGCCCACGUCCUCCCCCUGCUGCUGCCGGCUUCAGCUGGGUGAGGCCGAGCCUGGGGCGUCUCCGCCUUGCCAUGACACCUGCUUGAAUGCCACCAGGGCCUCUGCUGUCUCCUCCCCUGCUUCCUCCCCAGGCCACCUGGCACCAGCUUGGGGAGUUCCUGCGGUGGCCUGACUGGUUGUCCAGGAAGCUGCUGUCUGGGCUUUUCAGGUGACCCAGUAUCUCCCUGAGCCAUGUGCCUGUCACAGCCACUCCCUCCCUUCAAGUGCAGGAACAGGCACAGCUGGGGAGGCCCCCCCCACCCCCCGCUCCCUCAGCCCAGUGUCAGGCAAAAGGGGGCUGAGGGAGGGGCCACCUCUAAGCACUUGGCCCACCAUGGAGCCCCGCCUGGGCUGCUCUGUCCUGCUCCCUGCAUCUCUGCACCUUGGCUUCCCCAAGUCCCCCUGUGGCUGCCCCAGGCCAGGAAGCUCCCGGGAGCUGGGUGCCCAGCCCCCCCCCAGGGCCUCCCCCAGACGGCUGCUGUGGGAGGUGGGUGGACAGGCAGGCCUGUGGUCACCGUGGCCCUGGUUCAUCGACAGCUUUACAGACCAGAGGACUGGCGCACCUACAGUGGGCAGGCUGCCUCCGUGCGCCCCAGUCGGACAAUGCCCCCCGCUUCCUGCACCCUGGAGGGCCUUUUCCUUUCCCUACUUUUUUUUUUUUUUCUUUCUUGGCCACCCUGGCCUAUGGAGUUCCCGGGCCAGGGAUUACAUCUGAGCCAUAGUGGCAGUUUCAACCUACUCUGCAGCUGCUGCGACCACCAGGUCCCUUAACCUGCUGUGCCAGGCUGGGGACCGAACCUCUGUCCUGGUGCUGCAGAGGUAUUGCCAAUCUCGUUGCGCCACAGCGGGAACUUCAAACCCUCCCUUGACUGAGCCGGUGGGGAAGGCCUUGGAGCCCAGGGCCGCCCCCACCUCUGCCGCUCACGGUGCCUCCGCGGCCUCGCCCCCGCCCUUCCCUGGCGGCCUCUGCUGAGGGCCCUUUAGGCGUCAGGGGUCCCUGUCCUGGGGGAACAGGGCAUCUCCCGUCCUGGUGAAAGAUGAGCCCGAGGCACCCCCGACCCUGGCACUGGGGCCGGACCGAGGCCCGUCUGUCCAGCUCCCUCCAGCCUCCGCGGGGGAUGCCCUCUGUCCGCCCGGCCCAGCUGCUGCGCUGGCCUGGCGCGCUCCAGGCAGGGCUGGCCCGAGGGCUUGGGCUUCCUCCUGUGCCUGUGAGGACACGCUCCUUCAGCCUGCACUGUGCUCCUUGCUCGUCUCGUCGGCAGCCUGUGUGGGGCCCCGGAGCCGGCUUUUCAGUGUGUGAACACGGGGCGUGUGUCCCAGUGGCUGCGAGCGAGCGAGCGAGGGGGCGGUGAGCCGGCUGCGCAGGUCCUGCGGCCUCAGGCCUCCUCGUUGCCCAACAGGCGGCGGGGGGCGGGCCACAGCCACAGAUUAAAGGCCGCCUGGAGCGGCCCGUGCAGACAGGUGCCCAGCAGCCCAGGAAGCCGGCCUGCGCCCGCCCCAGCAGGAGGCUUCGCCGUCCCUGUGAGAACGUCACCAUGGCCGAGGCGCCUCGGGCUGAGACCUUCGUCUUUCUGGACCUGGAAGCCACCGGGCUCCCCAGCGUAGACCCCGAGAUCGCCGAGAUCUCCCUGUUUGCCGUCCACCGCUCCUCGCUGGAGAACCCGGAGCGGGAUGAGUCUGGCGCCCCCGUGCUGCCCCGGGUCCUGGACAAGCUCACGCUCUGCAUGAGCCCGGAGCACCCCUUCACCGCCAAGGCCAGUGAGAUCACCGGCCUGAGCAGCGAGGGCCUGGCCAGGUGCCGGAAGGCCGGCUUCGACGGCGCGGUGGUGCGGACGCUGCAGGCCUUCCUGAGCCGCCAGGAGGGCCCCGUGUGCCUCGUGGCCCACAACGGCUUCGACUACGACUUCCCCUUGCUGCGCACGGAGCUCUGGCGCCUGGGCGCCCACCUGCCCCAGGACACUGUCUGCCUGGACACGCUGCCGGCGCUGCGGAGCCUGGACCGUGCCCACAGCCACGGCACCCGGGCCCAGGGCCGCAAGGGUUACAGCCUGGGCAGCCUCUUCCGCCGCUACUUCCAGGCAGAGCCCAGCGCAGCGCACUCGGCCGAGGGCGACGUGCACACCCUGCUCCUGGUCUUCCUGCACCGCGCCGCCGAGCUGCUCACCUGGGCCGACGAGCAGGCCCUCAGCUGGGCCCAGGUUGAGCCCAUGUACGUGCCGCACGAUGGCCCGGGCCUCGAGGCCUGAGCCAGGGGCCCGGUGACGCUGCCACCCAGGGCAGUGAGGCCUGCUCCCUGCAGCACGGGUACCUCGUGUCCUGCAGCUGGCACCGGACCAGUGCCUCGCUCCCGAGCGUUCUCUCGGCUGGGCAGCCGGGCCCCGUGCACCUGCCGGGCUUUCCCCAGGCUGCAGCCGGACUGGCCUCGCAGCCCUGGAGCCUCCCCACCGCCCAAGUUCUGGUGGAGUUUGCCGCACCCACGCCUCCCCGUCUUUCAAUAAACAUCGACGACAACUGCU